AUGGUUCACACUGACUUCGGUCCUCCUUCGGCAAAAUACAAGGAAGAGCCCGUUGACGAUUCCUGUUUCUCUUUCUGUCAAAUUUGGAAAGAAGCUGUUAUGGAGAAGUCGCCGGCCAUUGAUGGAGAGCGCAAAUCCUCUAUGCGCGUUCUAUAUCUGCGCCAGCUUCAAUUCCGGAUUGAGAUCCUCAAGAAUCGCUGUGAUCAAGCCGUUGAGAACGACCGAACACACUUGGCGCACAAGCUAUGA